ACGAUUCUGCUCAUUUCCUAUCGAAUACUUAUUGAGACCAAAUUCAGUCUAACGGAAACAGUCGAACUUUUCCUAAAGGAUAAAUUGUUUAUAGUGUUAAUGAAAACCAAUUAAAGUUAAAAUGCUGACCUGUGAAAAAAUGGAUAACAACAACCUUUCCCCGAAUACUGGAAUUACAACCGGGGCAGGCAUCAACAACAACAACAGCAGCGAGAAUAUCUACAUCGAUAUUCCAACGCCGUCGACCAGAAGUGUUUCGCCACUGUCGUCCUCCUCACCGGGCAAGGAUAAAUCGUUCGGUUUCUUUCACAACAUCUAUCGGAAAAUAAGCUUAAAAUCGAGUGAAGAAAUCACAAGUGCUCGUGAAAUAGACUCCCGUAGUUCCUCGGUAGACUCGUGUUCCUCACUCAGUGACCGUCUGCAAGAACCACCUAAGCAGCGAAGAUCCAGUCCUUGCGUUAAACUCUCCGAACAGAUAACCACACUGGACACAUCGGGUACGUCCUCCGAUUCAGUAAAUAAUUCUGAUAAACCGCGACGUACGACCCGGCGGUCCUCUGUUCGCAAACUGUUGGAAUCCCUCUCGAUUGGCACCCCGACGAGGGUCCGGUCGCUGUCCUGUAGCAGCACUUCGGUGAACCUUCACAGCAGUCAAAAAUGCCUUAAGCAAAAAGCUGAAUCGAAAGCAUCGCUGUUCAGCUCGAACAGUACCUCGGUCAGCACAACGACCAACAGCAAGCCACCGCCGAAGAAAAUCCUCCGCAGGCCUGUUUCCUACACAUACAUCCGGGGUAUCUCCGGACUGCCUACUCAACGUGUUCCCAGGUCUUCCAUCUGCUGUAACUACUACUCACGUUAGUGGGGACCACAUUGGCCCUCCAAAGCGUCUCAAAUGUCGCCAUAUCACAGCUUAACGGAACUACGGAUAGUUAUGUUACCCUUCGGAAGCGAAGGGAUUACGGAACAGCUGAACGAACUCAACUGACUGAUUUGUGUACAUGCAUGGGACUAGAUGUGUUAAGUGAUUUUAGAAGAUUUUGUGACGAACACAACUCGAUUGGCAUUCGGUACCUUGGAAAUUUGAUAGUUUUUAUGCCGCCACAACUGAUUGGAUAACUGUGUUGAGUAGUUUGUAGAAGAGAAAUUACGAAAGCAAAGCAAAGUUUAAUAACUAUGGUCGCUCGGACAUUUAAAGUGCAAUUAAAAUACUCUUUAUUAUUAGAGGGCUUCGCAGCACUCGAAGUUUAAGGAACAGACAUAAAAUUGACCAAUAUUAAUUAUUAUGAAUCGACGGAAGCAAACGAAUCUUUGUUUGAUAAAUUAGUGAUAAAACUAGCUAAGCACACUACUAGUGUAAAAAAGUAAAGAUUAAUGAUCGAUGAUGUGCAUGAAGUCAAGAUGAAAUGAAUAUUUGAGCUAAUUUUCAAUGCUAUGUAGGACAAGUGUGUGGUCGACAAGGAGCUGAUAAAACACCAAACAAUCUUGCGUUCCAUGAUGUUACGGUAAAUACUAUUUCUAGAAAAUGUACUCCAUAAUUGUGUUAUAUCGUUUUGUCUAUUUAUAUUGGAGUUGUCACACUUGUAAAAAUAGUAAAAUAGGUGCAAAAUAUCAUAAAAAGAAAAUAUGACAAAUGUAAAAUAAUUCAAGUUCUCCUUAUUUAUUGUAGAUAAUUUUAAACUUCCAAUAAAAUUUCGAAUCGAAUUGUUAC